GAGUCACCGAAAACUCAAAAAUGAAAAGUUCCUUUGGUUUCUGCAUUUUCUAUCAGGUUCUUAUGCAACUUUUCUAAUUUCUCUUCACCGUCGUUAUCUCGAUGAAGUACUUUUCUACACGCGGAGGGAAAGAGGAGCUCUCUUUCGAAGAGACCGUCCUGACAGGUCUCGCUCCAAAUGGCGGGCUGUACAUCCCAGAACACAUACCAUCUCUCCCAGAAAACUGGCAGGAAAAAUGGAAGUCGCACUCGUUCAUGGACCUCUCAGUGGAAAUCCUUUCGCUUUACAUAUCGGAAGAAGAGAUCACUCGAACUGAUCUGCGCAAGAUCGUCGAGAAGUCGUAUAAAACCUUCAGGCACCCAGAAACGACCCCUCUCCAAAAGCUCAAUGACAAAAAAUACGUGCUGGAACUGUUUCAUGGCCCGACCUUUGCAUUCAAAGACGUAGCAUUACAGUUGUUGGGCAACCUGUUUGAAUUUUUCCUUCUGCGCAGGAAUGCACGAAAGUCAGCAGACGAAAAGCCGGAAAAACUUACAGUGGUGGGAGCAACGAGUGGUGACACUGGAAGUGCUGCCAUCUAUGGUUUAAGGAACAAGGCCAAUAUUUCCAUCUUCAUCCUUCAUCCAAAGGGUCGCGUAUCUCCAAUUCAAGAAGCUCAGAUGACUACAGUCACCGAUGCCAACGUCCACAAUCUUGCUGUCAAGGGUACUUUCGAUGAUUGCCAAGACAUCGUCAAAGCCCUAUUCGCCGAUAGGGAAUUCAACGCUACCCAUCGUCUCGGUGCUGUCAACUCCAUCAACUGGGCGCGUAUCCUCGCACAAACUGUCUACUACUUCUUGUCUUUCUUCCACGUACGAUCUCAACUUGGCGACUCGCAAGCAGAACUUCAGUAUGUCGUGCCUACUGGAAACUUCGGGGAUAUCCUGGCAGGGUAUUACGCUAAACAAAUGGGUCUCCCCAUGGGCAAGCUUGUGGUCGCAACAAACGCUAACGAUAUCCUUGCUCGGUUUUGGAAGAGUGGCAAAUACGAAAAGGUGGAUACAGCCGCUUCUACGCAAGAGGAAACCGCCACAGACCCUGUCAAUGGCGCCUCUGACGGGAAACAAAUGACUGCGUCUGGUGGCAGUGGCGUCAAGGAAACCCUUAGUCCCGCUAUGGACAUUUUGGUAUCUAGCAAUUUUGAGCGGCUUCUGUGGUAUUUAGCGUACGAGGCCGCUGCUAGUAGCACCGAUGCCCAUGCAAGGAGACUGGAAGCAGGAGAUAUUGUCAAUGGUUGGAUGGGUAAGGUAAAGCAGGAUGGUCGAGUAGAAGUCCCCACGGCAGCCCUCGUUGCUGCACGGAAAGAUUUCUUCGCUGAAAGGGUGUCAGACGAUCAAAUUCUUGAGACUAUUCGGGCCCAUUUCACUUCCGAGCCAUCGUAUGUGGCAGACCCCCACACCGCAGUCGGGCUUUACGCUGCUGGUGUUAUAGCUCCUCAAAACUCAGCAUCCACUUCGCAGAUAAUUCUGUCUACGGCUCACCCAGCCAAGUUUUCAGAGGCCGUCACACGUGCCCUUGGGAAUUCGCCCCAAUUCGACUUUGCCCGUGAUGUGCUGCCUGAGGAAUUCCACGGCUUGCUAGAGCGGGAGAAAAGAGUCAUCGACGUAGAAAGACCCGACGCCGAGCUCAUUAAAGCUGUUAUAGCCAACAAGGCAGACAAAAAAGAUGCAGGCAGUCAAGGGUUACCUAGGACAAGCAUUUAACGCGCGAGGGGUAGGAUCUGUAAUAAAAGUUGAAGAUGUAACAGGUGCAUAGUAUGCGGAGCUUUUGUUGUAAGUUUAGAUCGCUACCUUACAUCUUAAUUGUCUCCAUUUUAAUAAGGGGAGUAAAUUUGGAAGUACAAUUAAAAACCAGUAUGCUAUUCGCUCUGAGAUGAACCGACGGCCUCUUCCAACAGCUGAAUUGCCUUCUGCCUCAGGUCAUCGACAGUGCUGGUCGUAUGCCAAUCCACGUUCCGGGUUAUCGCAUCGCCGAGUUCUGUUAAUUUUCUUCGAACAACUUCUUGGCUACAGUUGUCAAAUUCCAUGCCUUGAAAGCUGACGAAUUUUCCGUUACGAAGGGACCGUUGGGCAACUUCAGUAGCAAAAGGUCGGCGAAUCUGAUCGUAUAUCUCAAGGGCACGGGUAGCAGUGUGCAAAUUCGUUAACGGAUGUCCCAGAACUGCAGCAAGAACGUAACCAUCCUCGAUAGCCUGGCCUGCACCCGCUCCUUGGAAGGGAGUCAUCGCGUGAGCAGCAUCUCCGAGUAUGGCAACCCGUCUAUAGUUCACAGCAUGGAGCGGCUUGACAAUGUUUACUGCCCACAAGUUUGCUUUGUCAAUACACUGUAGUAUAGACUGCGCCUCGGGCUCGAAGUUCACAAAUGGAGCAGAUACCUCGUCCCUCGAUAUUUCUUUCACCCAAGG